AUGCGUCCGUUGUCUGCUGCCAGCAUCGGCAGCGUUGGAUUCCAAGAACGCCUGAAUGAGCUGGUCAAGUUCUUCAAAGGUCGAACAGAACGCCAGAAAGGCCGACUGGUAGAUCCAGAUGCAUCUGAGGAUGACAGCCCCAAAACCUCCCCGAGCAAAGCUCCACUGCCUCCUCCUCCACCACCUCCUCCAGGAGGGGAGAACAAGGAUGGCAUGACUGCAGUACAGGAACAAGAUGAGGGGAAUGAGCUCAACUUUGAACUUAUGGGGUAUCCAGUUAAAAUCCCCAAACUUCCCCCUAUCCCCAGCUGGCUGCGAGCGAUCCUGGAAUACCGCUUCCCCUCAAGCAUUGACCCAUUCACUGAUCUAAUUUACGUGAUCUGGCUGUUCUUUGUGGUGGCGGCGUGGAACUGGAACAUGUGGCUGAUCCCUGUCCGCUGGGCAUUCCCCUACCAAACUACUGAGAACCUCCACCUGUGGCUGCUGGCAGACUACACCUGUGACUUCAUCUACAUUGCCGACUUACUGAUCUUCCAGCCCAGACUGCAGUUUGUCCGUGGAGGAGAUAUAGUGUGCGAUAAAAAGGACAUGAGGGAACAUUACAUGACCACUGAGAGGUUUAAGAUGGACGUCCUCAGUCUGUUUCCCAUGGAAGUAUUUUACCUCUUCACAGGAGUGAACCCUCUGUUGAGGUUCCCUCGUCUGCUGAAGUACAUGGCUUUCUUCGAGUUUAACGACAGAAUGGAGGCUGUCAUGAAGAAGGCGUACAUCUACAGGGUGAUCCGGACCUCCACCUACCUGCUGUACUCUCUUCACAUCAAUGCCUGUCUCUUCUACUGGGGUUCUGACUAUGAAGGACUGGGAUCCACCAAAUGGGUCUACAACGGAGAGGGCAAUGCUUACAUCCGUUGUUACUACUUUGCUGUGAAGACCCUGAUCACCAUCGGAGGACUGCCGGACCCCACCACCGUCUUUGAGAUCUGCUUCCAGCUCAUCAACUACUUUGUUGGUGUCUUUGCUUUCUCCAUCAUGAUUGGCCAGAUGAGAGAUGUAGUUGGAGCAGCGACUGCAGGGGAGAACUACUACCGGGCCUGUAUGGACAGCACCAUCAAGUACAUGAACUCCUACAGCAUACCCCGUGAAGUUCAGAGCCGCAUCAAGACCUGGUAUGACUACACCUGGAAGAGCCAGGGCAUGCUGGAUGAACAGGAGCUGUUGGUGCAGCUGCCUGCUAAGAUGAGGCUGGACAUUGCCGUGGACGUCAACUACUCCAUUGUCAGUAAAGUGGCCCUGUUUCAGGGCUGCGACAGGCAGAUGAUGUUUGACAUGCUGACCAGGCUCAAGUCCGUUGUAUACCUGCCUGGAGACUUUGUUUGUAAGAAGGGGGAGAUCGGCAGAGAGAUGUACAUUAUCAAACAGGGGGAGGUUCAGGUGGUGGGGGGUCCAGAUCUGCAGACAGUGUUCGUCACCAUCAGAGCUGGCUCAGUGUUCGGAGAGAUCAGUCUGCUUGCAGGAGGUGGAGGAAACCGGCGAACAGCCAAUGUGAAGGCACAUGGAUUCGCGAACCUCUUCAUCCUGGAUAAGAAGGACCUGGCAGAAAUCCUGGUUCAUUACCCCGAGUCUCAGAAACUCCUGCGGAAGAAAGCAAAGAAGAUGCUGACCAAGGACAAAAAGCCUGAUGAGAAGGACACCCAAAAAGAGGCAACAGAGGUUAUCCCUCCACGACCCGACACCCCCAAACUGUUCAAGGCUGCUCUGAAGGUGACGGAGCAGGCGGGCAUCGAAGGAACGUUCUCCAAGUUGAAGAAGGUCUACAGACCACCUGAGAGCUCUGCAGAGGCUCCUCCCACAAUUUCUCCAGUCCCGCCUCCUUCUCCGAUGCACCGGCGCUAUCCAGCCCCUCCAAAUUCAGCACUGGAGGAUGAAGACGAGUCUGUAGCUGAGACGGCGGACAGCUCUGUCAUCAUCAGGAUGACGCCACAGAAAGGAGAGGAGCUUCUCACCGUGGAGGUGCUAGCAGCUGAAGAGGAGGCAAAGGAGAAGAUGGAGGACGAGAAAGAGGAGAAAUGA